UGAGUCAGUGAUUUCAUUUCACGGUGAAAUGGUGUGAAUUUAAUAAAAUCUUGCAGAGGACCAAGUAUUUGCGCUUUCUUUCACAAAAUGAAGUCGAUUGUAAUAAUUUUUGUAGCUGGUCUCUCUGUUGGAUUAGCUGCUGUGAUGACUGGUGGUUGGAGCAGAGCAGAUACCGCAAAUUCUGCUAGCACUCAGAAAUACGCUGAGUUUGCUGUUGCAAAAAUUUCGGAAAAAUUAGAUUCUUUAUUUCAUAUGAAAUUAAUGGAAGUUCUUUCCUCUCAGAAACAGGUUGUAUCUGGAAUGAAAUACAUGUUUAAAAUGAGAAUAGGUGCUACGGAAUGUGAAAAGGGUAAUAAUGACGUAGAUUUGAGUAACUGCGAGUUUAAAAAUUGUGAAGCUCCAAUGAUUUGUAAAGCAACUGUAUGGGAUCAACCUUGGAAGGAAGAUGGCACCAGGCUCUUAAACUAUUCGUGUGAAUCAGAUGAAAGUCCAUGUUAAUCGAAUACGCUUGCUUUUUACUCUUUCUUUAAAUUAAUUUCGUAGUGUUUAUUUGAACUUAUAAUGUAGUAUUCUUUAAUUUUAUAUGAACGUUUUAAAUUGCUUUUUAAAAAUUGGGUGUUUUCCUUGAAGAUGGGAAAAGUAAUCUUCAUACUCAAAAAAUGUCAAUAUUUUCUUACUAAAGCUGAGAAUUAUUGCUAGCAGUUUAAUAAUUUACAAAUAUGAUUACGUACUGAGUUAUUUAUCUCAAUCUCUUGUAUAACGUUGUUUAGGUUUUAGUAUCGAGUUUUCUUGUAAAAUACGUGAGUUUCUAACUCAUUUAUAUUGUGGAGUCGUAUUAAACUUUUUAUCCGAAAUUAGUAUGUUUUGUGUAUUAAAUAAUUAUUAUAAGUAUAAAAUAAAAUAAUAUGCAAUUGA